CCAUCCACUUCAAGUUCGAUACGCUGUGCGUUCAAAGACGCAGUUCUGCAUACCACUGGAAUAAAGCGCGGUUAUUUUAUGACUAUUUUGUCCUUUAACCUCUCGCAUUAACAAGGUGUUUUCGCCCUCAGAGCUUCCACACACUGGAUGUUUUUUGUUCAAUGCACCAUUUUCUGUACACUUUAGGGACCAUAGUAACUGAAAAUCCCAGGACGUCGGCUGUUUCUGAAAUGCUGGAAUCACCAUGUCUCGUACUCAGAAUCAUUCUACGGUCAUAGUCGCUUAUGUCUUGUUUUUUCUUCAUUCUAAAGUUUGUUCAAACAACAACUAAACCUCUUGACCACGUCUGCAUGCUAACCGCCGUUUGGCUAUUUGCGUUAAUGAGCAGGUUAGGCCUACCAAUUGAAGUGGCUGGACCUAGUGGAGACACGAUCAGUCCGCUGGCCCCUGCAGUGUUAGCGGAGCAUCUGGCGGAGUGCUGGCCGGUUGGGGAGGUGGAGGACGGGGAGAGAAGAAGAAGGAGGAUCCGGGAGCAAGCGAAAACAAAAAGGGUCAGGCCUGGGACUUGGCAAAACGGGGAAGGAUCACCGAAGGAUCACCUUUUUUGUUCCUUUGAUUUUAUUUCUUAUAUUUUGAAGCUUCUGAUUUCCAUUGAAAAUAUCAUCUGUACGAUUUGCACUCUUGGCGAUGCCGUCCAACACUGUUUCUGCCCAAAACACAGCUGCAUUCAAAAGCUCAGACUACACCUGUGGUGCACCUGGAAACAGGAUGAGUGACAGCACAAUACUCAACAAGGAGCUGAUACCAGAGGAAAAGCCAGCUAAAAGCAACACCACCUGCAAAGUCGGCCGGCCUGCCGGAAGAAAACGCAAGCCAGUUCCUGUGGAGGGCAGUGUUUCUGUGAAGGAGAGUGUGGGAGGAGGUGGAGGCACCAGUCGCCCAGGGGUGCCGGCGGCCAGAGAGAAGCAGCCUGCGUCUGUGCUGCACAACGGCCUGGUGAGCGGCGGGCACGCAGACAGAGACAGGACCCAGGCAGACCCCCGCAGCUGCCCCAAGCAGGACCGGAAAGCUCCAGAGAAGAACGGGUUACUAGGCACCCCUGGUGCCCCCAGCGCCCCUUUCAGCCAGGUUGAGGACGGGCCCCCCGGACCCCCGACCCUCUUGGGUCCGAGCCUGAGCCCCCCGGAGAACGGGUUUCUACUGAGCAGGGAGCCGAGCCGGGACGAGCAGGACGACUCGGAGAAAGACAAAGAGGAGAGUCUGCCAAGUCUGCCGCGCAAGAAACGAGGCCGGCGGAAACUGGAGCGCCCAACGAAAUAUGUGGAGCUGAAGGAGGAGGAUGGAGGCGAUGCGAUCAAGAAUGAGGGAGUCCGAGGCCCAGGGACUGGCAGGCUGCGCGGCUCCGUCAGUCUGCGUCAGAGGCCGAUGCCCAGGGUUACCUUCCAAGCCGGUGACCCUUAUUACAUUAGCAAGAGGACCAGGGAGGAGUGGCUGGCCAAGUGGAAGAUGGAGGCAGAGAAGAAAGCCCAACUGGUGUCCGAUCUGAAUGCAAUGGAAGACCAUGAGGAGAUGGAGCCUGGACCACAACACAAGGAAGAGGUGUCUGUCAUCACACACAACCAGCAACAGCAGCAGAAGCAACAACAACCACCCCAACAACAACAACCCCAACCACAACAACAACCCCAACAACCACAACAACAUCAACCACAACAACAUCAACAACAUCAACCACCACAACAGCUUCCACAGCAACAGCAGCAGCCCACAGACCCAGCAUCCCCGACAGUGGCCACCACACCCGAACCUGUCGACAUGGCAGGAGGGGACAAGACUUCCCCCAAGACUGCAGAUUCUGAGCCAGAGUACGAGGACGGACGCGGUUUCGGCAUCGGAGAACUGGUGUGGGGGAAACUGAGGGGGUUCUCCUGGUGGCCUGGUCGUAUCGUCUCCUGGUGGAUAACUGGACGCAGCCGAGCUGCUGAAGGCACACGAUGGGUCAUGUGGUUUGGUGAUGGAAAGUUCUCUGUGGUGUGUGUAGAGAAACUUUUGCCUUUGAGUUCUUUUUCUAACGCCUUCCAUCAACCCACCUACAACAAGCAGCCUAUGUAUAAGAAAGCCAUCUACGAAGUGCUUCAGAUGGCCAGCGCUCGAGCAGGCAGAGCCUUCACAGCCUGUCUAGAGAGUGAUGAGACAGAAACGUCAAAGUCUGUGGAUCUGCAGAACAAACAGAUGAUAGAGUGGGCCAUGACGGGCUUCCAGCCUACAGGGCCUAAGGGCCUUGAGCCACCAGAAGAGGAACGUAACCCAUAUAAGGAGGUGUACCCUGAUGUGUGGGUGGAGCCAGAGGCUGCAGCAUACACUCCCCCUCCAGCCAAAAAGCCUCGCAAAAGCACAGCAGCGGAGAAACCCAAGGUCAAGGAGAUGAUUGACGAGGGGACGAGAGAAAGACUUGUGUAUGAAGUUAGACAGAAGUGCAGAAGCAUAGAAGACAUCUGCAUAUCCUGUGGAAGUUUGAAUGUUUCUCGUGAACACCCACUCUUCGCCGGAGGAAUGUGCCAAAGCUGUAAGAACUGCUUUCUAGAAUGUGCGUAUCAGUACGACGACGACGGCUACCAGUCCUACUGCACCAUCUGCUGCGGGGGCCGAGAGGUGCUCAUGUGCGGGAACAACAACUGCUGCAGGUGUUUCUGUGUGGAGUGUGUGGACCUGCUGGUGGGCCCAGGCGCGGCGCAGAUAGCUAUAAAGGAGGACCCGUGGAGUUGCUACAUGUGCGAGAAGGGCCAGAAGGGGGUGUUUGGCCUGCUGGAGCGCCGCACUGACUGGCCCUGCCGUCUGCAGCACUUCUUCGCUAACAAUCACGACCAAGAUUUUGAACCACCAAAGCUUUACCCUCCUGUGAUGGCAGAGAAGAGACAACCCAUUCGCGUCCUGUCACUGUUCGACGGCAUAGCCACAGGUCUGCUGGUGCUGAAGGAACUGGGUAUCCAGGUGGAGCGCUACGUGGCGUCGGAGGUGUGCGAGGACUCCAUCACAGUGGGCAUUGUCAGGCACCAGGGACGCAUCAUGUAUGUGGGCGAUGUGAGGAACGUCACACGCAAACACUUACAGGAGUGGGGCCCCUUUGACUUGGUGAUUGGUGGAAGCCCAUGCAACGACCUCUCUAUUGUCAACCCCGCUAGGAAAGGUCUUUAUGAGGGCACUGGUCGGCUUUUCUUUGAAUUCUACCGCCUGCUGCACGAGGCCCGGCCCAAAGAUGGCGACAACCGGCCGUUCUUCUGGCUCUUUGAGAACGUGGUGGCCAUGGGCGUCAGUGACAAGAGAGACAUCUCUCGCUUUCUUGAGUGCAACCCGGUGAUGAUCGAUGCCAAGGAGGUGUCUGCUGCCCACCGCGCCCGCUACUUCUGGGGCAACCUGCCUGGCAUGAACAGGUUGGUGAGAGAACGACCAUUGACAGCCAUGUGCACUGACAAACUGGACCUCCAGGAGUGUCUGGAGCAUGGUCGAACAGCCAAGUUUGGCAAAGUGAGGACCAUCACUACUCGCUCUAAUUCCAUUAAGCAGGGUAAAGAUCAGCACUUCCCCGUCUUCAUGAACGAGAAGGAGGACAUUCUCUGGUGCACUGAGAUGGAGCGCGUGUUUGGCUUUCCUGUCCAUUACACAGACGUUUCCAACAUGAGUCGGCUGGCCAGGCAAAGGCUUCUAGGAAGGUCGUGGAGUGUACCUGUCAUCCGGCACUUGUUUGCACCACUCAAAGAAUACUUUGCCUGCGUUUAACAGUGGCAAGACUUGGCUCAACAAAACACAAACGUAUAACUGAUGUUGUGACUAGAAACAAGUGUUGAAGUUAUACUGCUUCCUGGUAUAGUUUCUCAGGCAAGCUAAAACAUCAUCCAAUUAGAUAUUUCACAUUAUUUCUUGUAUUUUGAAAUGUACUUCUUAUUCUAUUUAAUUUGUAUAUGUUAUUUUACCCCUUAGCAGUGUUACCCUGUUUUUAGUUUUUAUUGAUUUAUUUGUGCAAGCUAUACUUGAGACAAGGCUUUCUUCCUAAGGCACUGAGAAAGACUAAACUAUGAUCUGUGCGACUUUUAGAAAAAAAGACAAGGAUUUGUUGAUUGGAAAAUAUCUGAACAAUAGGAAGUUUGUGAUACUGUAUGUACAGUACAUGUGAAUGAUGUUGGCAGUGUAGGCAUGAUUUUUAUACUGGCCAAUAUCAGAAGUGGGUAAAGUAAUCCACUGAUAGUACAGCCAUGUUUUGUUUUGAUUCCUCCAGCUACUGAGCCUCACAGAGCUAAAGUGAAUAAGGGUCAUUUUCUUUUGUGUCACAGAAAGCUGUGUCUUAAUGAAUCCAAAACACCAGAUCACAUAUACCUCUUUGUUUACAGUUUCUAUACAGAGUUAACUGAAGGUAAAGGUACUACUGUAAAAUGGUUACAUUACCAUGGUGCUUCGAGACCAUAGGAAACAUCACAGUCCAUGUGGCAGGGGCACAACACUUUAGACAGAAUGGGAAUCCCAUAAAACCAUUGCCUGGAAAGUGCUUGUUUCAGUGUGAUGUUUUUGCAUUUUAAAGUUACAUGCUCUAAAUGACGUCAAGUUAACAAAAAAAGAGGUUGUGUGGACAUACAACUGCAGAAUAAUAUGCCACGUCCUCCUCUUUUCUAUGUUUUACAGAUUUUAUAAAUAACAAUUCUACUGGUGCUUUUUCAGUCAUUUUUCAAGCCAUGAUAUAUAAUGUCAGGCCACCAUGCCUGCCUGUGUUGGACUCUGCACAAACAGAAAAUAAAGCUAGCUACAUGGGCAGUGAUGUUUUCUGUCGUUACAAACAUAAUAAUACCUUGAGAUCAAAGUCUGUGGUGAACUAUUUUUUUCUAGUUUCAUCCUGACCAAUGUCAUAUUACUGUACAACUGUUAGUGAGCAUGGUGGGUGGGACGAGGGGCGAGGGGGAGGCUGGGCUGGUGUUUCCACAAGCAAGACUCUCUCCUUCCCUUCUCACCCCUGCAAACUAGAUACUGUCAGGUGAAAAUCUUCAAAAACAUGGUGCGGCUUCACAACGUUCUUCUACCUUUUUAUAGCAAUUUUGUGCUGUUUUACCAACAUUAUAAAGCACUUUUUAUAUGUAUACUUUCUUUUUUUUUUCUUUAGUAUUUCAAAAUGUUUUGGAUUUUUUUUCUCGUGAAAUGUUUUGUUCUUAUGAUGUGAACUCUUCUACCAUGGUGUAAUACAAUACAUUUUCUAUACAGUAGGGCUGUGCCAAUAGAAGUGAAAGAAUGGAUUCUUAGAAUGAUGUUCAAGCCAUGUAUCCAUGGAAAUGAUUUAUUGAUCCUACUCAAUGUACAGUAGAUUCAUUGAAAAUGAUUAAUGUACCCCAUACCUAUAUUGUCUUCUGUUUAAAACAGUGAUUCAGUACGUCAUCCUCUGGAUAAAAAAUAAUGUGUCUAUUUCUAUUAGGAUUGUAGGAUUUAAAAAAAGUUAAGGAACUAUGUUGUUAUACCAUAUGUGCGCAAUGUCCUCUGCUGUGUACCCUUGUUGACCCCAAAUAGUUAGAACGAGACAGACAGAAAUAAAUAAAUAAAUAUUAAAACAUUUAUUACCCAAACCUGGAUUACAUUCCGAAUCUGAAAUCUCUGAUUCUCUGAAUCAUUGUGACCUUGAAUGUGGUGAUUCUGAAAUGACUUUGUCAGAACUCAACUAAAAAUAGCAUAGAUUAGGAUUUACCAAUGUCCUCUAAGUAAUCAAUACAAGUUAAUUUUUAAACUUCUUCAAAUGUAGUUUCAUAUAUGAUUCAGUUCUUAAGUGACCUUAUUGUAUCCUUGCGACCCUUUUAUUUGAACUUCACAAAAUGUGUUCACAGGAAUCCUUUGCAUUAUGUUGACGCUUGUUUAUUCCACUUCCCUAUAGUAAAUUACCAUGCCCCUUGUACAUUUUGUACAUAGAGUUUUCCUGUUGCUGUUUUGGGUUUGUUUUCAUCUUUUUAAUUACCUAUGAGAUGUACAAAUAUAAUUCUUUGCUAAUAUAUAUCAUGGAAUUAGAAAAAAUACUUAGGUAAAAAAAUAAAAAAUGAAAUCAAGUAAAACUGUCAAAAUUGAAUCAAAAUAAGCUAUGAAGCAUUAGAGGUGGGUAGACUCCAAGUCUUGCCUUUUAGUACUGUUAAUUUUUUUAAUUUUUGUUUUGUUUUUCGAUGUUCUGAGUGAGUCCUGAGUGAAUCCAGUUGAAAUGUGUCAUGUGAACAGUGGCCUAAUAAUGACAGCUUUAAGAUGAAAUGGUCUCUACUUCACUGCACAGCCCUACGUAGCGUUGGUUGUUGUUGUUGGUUGUUUUCGUUUGUUUGUUUUUUGCUUUUGUUUUUUGCUUUUUAUAAGAACUAUAAAGACAGAUUGUAGGUGUUUCUGACGGUGCUAAACAUUUUAUCUAAUCAAGAAAAAUAUAUUUGUUUGGAAGAGAAAUAAAACUUGUCUUGACAAUGACUGUUUUUAAGUUCCUUGUAGUAAUGAUGGAAGAGUACCAUAAUUUCACUCUCUCAUAUGUUGCAUAUAACAAAGGCAUUUUAACUUUGUACUUGAAAAAAUAAUGAAUAAUAAAUAAUGCUGAGUUUCCUAUAUUGUUUUAGAUUAGACAUUGCUGUAGUUGAUUGGUGCUUAUCUGUGGGAAAACAUGUACUCCAUAAUGGGAAAUAACUAUAAAAGAAAAAACAUUUCGGUAAUAACUUUUACUGUAGCAUAAUGCUUAAUGUAUGCUUAAAACCUGGUAUUCACAUUGCUUCUUAACCCUACAUUCCAUGCCGUAGUAUGUUUUUCAAUUGACGUUUUGAUGGAUUCUUUUGUUAUUAUUGGCAAAUGAUGUGUUCCAAAUGGCACCCUAUACCUUUCAUAGUGCACUGCUUUUGACCAGGACCCAUAAGACUGGUCCAGAUUAGUGCAAUAUAUACGGUACCAAUUGGGAUGUUUCCCAUGACGUUUCACCAUUUCACUGUUUCAGACAGGUCACUUCUAUAAUCCAGUGAUACUGUAAAUUGGCGCUCAGUCUUUGUGACUUUUUUUGUGUCAUAUUAAUUGUUUUUUAUGGCCUUCUUUAAUAUGAUCAGUGCGUACAGCAAAUGUAGCAGUCAUUCUCCCCCAUUAACCCAAUACUUAUGUUUAGUGGCCGGAAAGAAGAAAAUGGCUCCUUAUGUACUUGUGCUGGAGAACACUUGAAUAAAUGUAUUGUUUUUGUGCAAAAA